CCCUUCGUUGAGGAGCAAUAGACCCAUCUCUGUUUGCUCUGGGUGGACGAUCUCUCGAUUCCUAGCCGGACUGUGUGGGAAAUGCUCCGUAUCUAAUUUCCGGUGGCGCGGAGGCGCAGUUGCCAUGGUAAUUGAAGAUAGGCCGAAGUCUGUCCGGCGGCGUUGAGAGGAUCGCGGAAUCUGCACAGAGAAUUGGCUCCGCUUCCUCGUAGGUGAACUAAAAUUAGAAUGGCCAUCAGUCCCGGAAGUGAUACAGCUUUCUCCAAUCAGAAAUCAACACUUUCAGAGAGUACUCGAACAAAGAAAUUCCCACUAACAGAAGAGGAGAUAUUUUAUAUGAAUUGUAGAGCUGCCUACUUAACUGUUUUCAAAAGCAGUUUAGAAAACAUUGUUUCUAAAGAUCAACUUUACUUAGCACUUCAGCAUGCAGGAAGAAAUCCAUCCCAAAAGACAAUUAAUAAAUAUUGGACUCCUCAAACUACCAAACUGAAUUUUGAUGAUUUUUGUAUAAUCUUAAGAAAGGAAAAACCUACUUCAAAAGCAGAACUGCUAAAAUCAUUUAAGCAAUUAGAUGUAAAUGAUGAUGGUUCUAUUUUACACCCAGAUCUUUAUAAACUUCUAACAAAGAGAGGUGAGAAGAUGACUCGAGAAGAAGUGAAUGCCAUAAUAAAUUUGGCUGAUGUGAAUGCUGAUGGCAAAUUUGAUUAUAUCAAGUUUUGUAAAUUAUAUAUGACAACCAAUGAGCAAUGUCUCAAAACUACUUUAGAAAAGCUGGAGGUUGAUAGUAAACUGAAGCGUCAACAGUUUGGAAGCCACAUUGAAGGAUUCCCUGAAAAGGACUCAUCACCAGUAUCAAAACCAUCACCUAGAAUCAUAAGAAAAUCUGAUCAGGAAGCAUUUCCAAAUAAAGGUGACACGAGGAGUUCUUUACUGGCAGCAACUAGGAAGUUCAAAACAUCCAUUUCCUUCACAAUUACCAUGGGUGCAAAUGACAACAGAAAUCCAAAAUUAACUGAGCCAAACCCAAUAAAGGAGUGGCAAUGUGUACAAUCCAAAGGUUGCUUUUUUUUAGAAGAUGAUGGAGAAAUCAUUAGUCACCACUACAAGAUGCAAAUAUCUCAGAGAUCUAUGGUUUAUAUAACAAUUAAGCCAUUAAACUUGAGUCAAGUUGAAGGAAAACCAUCCCCUUGGUUAUCUAUUGAUACUGCUUUGUAUGUUCUUAAGGAAAACGAGAGUCAAGCAAAUCUACAACUCAUAUGUUUUACUGAACUCCGAAACAGAGAAGUAUUUGGGUGGAGUGGUGAACUAGGACCUGGAAUUUACUGGUUAAUUCCCUCUACAACUGGCUGUUGGCUGAGGAAAGAAAUAAAACCAAUAACAGAAGAAGCCCAACUUGUAUAUAGAGAUGAAACAGGGGAAUUAUUUCUUACCAAGGAAUUUAGGUCAACUUUAUCAGAUAUAUUUGAAGUAAUUGAUUUAGAUGGAAAUGGUCUUCUUAGCCUUGAAGAAUAUAAUUUUUUUGAAUUGCGAACAAGUGGUGAAAAAUGUGAUGAAGAUGCUUGGACUAUCUGUAGAGAAAAUUUUGAUACAAAGAAAAAUGAACUAACAAGACAAGGCUUUAUGGAUCUGAAUCUCAUGGAAGCCAAUGAUCGAGAAGGAGAUCCUCGUGAUCUUUGGGUAACCCUGCACUCAAUGGGCUACAAUAAAGCUCUGGAAUUGACAGAGGCAUGUCCAUUUGUCAUUGACAUCUAUGCAGACAAAUGCAAGCCAAGAAUCAGAGCUGUCCAUAUGGAGGCAUGCAGUGGGCAACUUGAGAAGGCCAUUUGUAAAUCUGUCCUUAACAAAGGUGAUGCCAAAGUAAUGGAUGGCUAUGAAAAUAUAAUUGUACAUACUUACAAGUGUGACACCUGGAUAACGUCAGUUAUUGAAAACAAGGUUUGUCAACAUGUAAUGCCUCUGAAUGAAAGACAAGAAUGGAUAUAUUAUUGUGUUUAUUCUCUUAUAACUUAAAUAUCAUUUUUAGGAACUAUUUCCACUCCACUUGAGACUCAAAUCAAAAAAUCAUUUUAUAUUUAGUUUGUUAUUUGUUGAUCAAUUAAAUGCUAAUCAAUUUUCUGGUGUACAUAAAUAAUAUCCUGUUUAA